AACGGGAACACCGAAAAAAACGAAGAACAAAGAGAAAACGAAAAGUAAUGUAACUUUUCCCGGUACAUUUUGAAUUUGCGAAUAUCCGCGCUAUCUUGUCAAAGUCGCUACAGUUUUUAGGGCUCUUCAUGGCGGGGCUGUUUGAUACCCAGGCGGAGAUCUACGCGGCUGCGCGCCCCGAUUAUCCGGAUUCCCUCUUCGAAUUCCUGGCGUCGGUUACGCACCAUGGAUGCGUGUGGGACGUGGGCACUGGAAAUGGGCAAGCUGCGAUCAAGCUCGCAGAGAUCUUCGAUCGAGUGAUCGCGACGGACGUGAGCUCCCAGCAGCUCCAGCAAGCCCCGCAGCGCCCAAACAUCAAAUACGCCGUGACUUCCAAAUCGAUCACCCGCGACGAGCUCCACUCGGUGAUCGGCCCCGACCACUCGCUCGACCUCGUCACCGUCGCGCAGGCCCUCCACUGGUUCGACCUGGACGCCUUCUACGGCCACGUCGGCGCGAUGCUCCGCCGUGGCGGCGACCGCCCGGGCGUGCUGGCCGCGUGGUGCUACCAGCUCUGCCACGUGGACGCAGACGUGGACGCCGUCCUCACCGAGUUCUACGCGGCCACGUCGCCCUACUGGGCGCCACAGCGGCAGCUCGUGGACAACGGCUACCGUACAAUCGACUUCCCGUUUGAGCCGGUCGCGGGCCAGGCUAGUACGGGGCCGUUACGGUUCGAGUCGAUCAAGCGGCUCAAUUUGGGCCAGCUCUUGGCCUACUUCCGGUCGUGGUCCGCCGUACAGACCGCCAUGGACAAGGGGGUGGCCAUAUUGGAGGAGUUUCGGCCGGCAUUUGAGAAGAGCUGGGGCGGUGAUCCUAUGGUGGUGAAAACGGUGACUUGGCCUGUCCAUCUUCUGGUUGGCAAGCCAAAAUAAUUAUCUUCAGCAGCGAGUUUUACAACUGGAUGCAAUAACUCUCCUCAAUCAUCCCAGGUCUAAAAUAAGUAUUUAGACUAAAAUAUCAGCAGUUGGACCCUAUAAGCUAAACCAUAUUUAAACCCUUAAACCA